CUAAAUAAUCAUAAUGCAGGUGUGGGCGCCGUUGGGUCGGCGGUAAUUGCUGAAAGGCCCCGAGUUCCCGAGACUGUGGACUCUGGCUCAACCGGCACACCCCGAGGGCCAAAAGAGCAUACGACAAGCAAUGGAGCAAACGACGGAUCCAGAGAUGAAAAAGCAGUAUGUCCAGCUCCAUUAGCCCAGAAUGACUCCUUUGAAAUUACAGAUGUGUCAGAUUUCGAGACGGAAGAGAGCCUUGAGCUCUCCCAUUUUCCACGCUGUGUGGCGCUGCCACCCACCACUCUCUUGUCUCCUCGGAACGCACCUCGCCAUCUGUCACUGUCUGCGGAGCCUGAUAAUUGUUCCAUUCCUGUCGCGACUAAUGGGGAGAACCAAGACGACUAUACUUUUUCCGACCCUCACGAAGUGCUCACAAUGAAUUCGAGCUUCGCCUCUAGCCAGGAUGGCCAAGACACUGUGGUAUUCGUGAUCGAAGGCGGCGAGUUGCAAGGCGAUGCUCAUAUGACAGAGGGAGAGGAUAAUGGAUUUGGUUGCGCAACACCAGAAAGAGAUGGUCCUCAAGCCUCGCUUGAAGGGCAUAACGUUGGCACUGAAAGUGAGGCGACAGUUGGCGGUGAAAUGAGUGACACAGAUGAGUUGGCAUCAUCCACAAUGGAUGAGCAGGAUAAGAGCGAGUCAAUUUUAGUGGAUGGAUCGUCUACGCAAGAGGCCUUUGACGCUGACCCGUUUAACUCCACCAUGGCUCAAAAAGCAGUCGAUUAUGAUUUAGCCUAUCCGAUAUUUUCAAAAAGUGAGAGCAUCUCUUUGUCAGACGAUGGUUUCAGGGAGCAGCUAGAAAUACCGGCGAGUGAAGAGGAAGGCGAGCUCAGAGUAACUCCGGAAAACCUUAGUCUGGCUAAUGAAGAGGAGAUUAAGAAUCUGAUGCAAAAGCUAGAUGAACUGGAAAUGGAUGGAGAUAACGAGCAUCUUAACUCCGGGACCAGUAAUGAAGCUAGAGAGCUAGAAGACCUUGCAGAUCUAGGGGAAACAACAAACGAAUAUACUGCAGAAUUUUCCGAUACAAAACAAGACUACUGCGGUUAUGGACAAAAUAUAUGGUUGGAGGACGAAAGAGAAAAGCAAAUGAAGGAUGAACAAGAGUAUAUGGUUAAUGAGCCAAGGGAGCAAGAAUUCGAUGUGUCGUAUGAUGCCGAUCAAGACCCCUUCAACGCUGCCGAAAUGGCUGUUAACGACCAGGAGCUUAAAAAGCCACGUCCUUGUCGGCCUCCUCCGCCCAUCAAGACACUCGAACGGCCUCAGCCUGUGCGACCACCACCUCUUGGUGUGAAAAGUGACCAGAAGUCAACUACGGGAUUGUGUCACAAGAAGCAGAAGGACCACAAGCUCUUCGGGGUCGACAUAGGAUCACAAACUUAUUAA